UCGGAGCAACGCGUACGGAGCCGUGUCUUUCUCUGCCGCGGAGGUCUGCGCUUGUCAUCGCCUCCAACGUGUGUUUUGGUGCGGUGUGAUUGUGCCCGCUGUCGUGGUUUGUAGCUGACGCGUGUGUUUUAUCCGCCAAAUAUCGACUGAAGCCUCUUUAGUUUUGUAUCGGGAUGGUGCAUUGGUUAAGUUGUGGCUAGUUUUCUUCCAAGUGAGCUUUAUAACUGUCCCUUCGUCGUAGUGCAUAGUCGUGCGAUCAAUGGAAGUAUAAAAUUUUGAGUUAGUAUCUGCCUGCUGAAUUGAAAAGAAUCGAGGAGCUACCAUCAAUUAUGUACACCGAAGCUUCUGUAGUGAAACCGAUCUCAUCGUCAUACAUUUGCAAUAACAGCGGAAAGGAAAGUGCGUGCCUUUUGUGCGAAAGAAAAGCAAUCAUCUCACUGGUGAAGCAUUCGUUUGUGCACCAAAUUCGUGAUACGUGGAGUACCAUCAGUGCGAAUAACAGCUUGGUGUUGGUGCUGCUGUGGCACUAAUUAUCGAAGUAUCUCUUAUUUGAGGUCGCCGCAGCAACCGGGAAGCUCUUGCAAAGGCAAAGUGCAACCCCUCGUCAGAAGUAAGCUAUAGUGACCGGUGGUGCAUGACUCACAUGCUUAUGUGACCAGAGCUAUCUUCACGCUUAAGCAGCCCUUGUGUCUAAUCUUAAGCGACGCUGCAUUCUAACGUAAAGUAAAACCGGAGACUAGCCCUGGUUGAGCCCCUGUGUGCCAUACGUGCAAAACGAUCAACGUUAAAUGCAAUACCGUAGCAUAACACACCACUCAGCACACAGCAACAUUAGGUCCAGUGACAAGAGUCGUUUCUGCUUUACAGCCAAGUGCAUAACGUAUUUUUUAAAUGUGAUAUAUUAGCGGCUAUUCACGAAGCAACGCAACUAGCUUCUACCUCAAAAUAUUUGCUUUAAAAAAACGAAACGGUUAACGGACAAUUGAAUCAAUUGACGAAGAGGUCCGCACCAAGCGAGGAGAUCUUGGUCAAUAAAAUUUUAAGAUUUUAUCCAGUAUAACUCCGACAAAAUGGGUAAUUCUAAUUCAUCGCACGAACCGCUGGAGCGUGGGUUUACCCGUGGCACGUAUGGAGAUGUUAAAAACACGAAAUCAGCCUCAUUUCGGCAAAGUAAACGAUCACCAAAGAAAAUGGAUCGAUUGCGCAAAUCAUUUCGCGACUCAUUUCGUCGACGCAAGGAUCGUGUUCCGGAGGCAGCAAAACCCCAUCAAUGGCAAUCGGAUGAACAUGCGGUACGUUCGGCUACGUGCACCUUUUCGGUGAAGUACUUGGGAUGCGUAGAAGUAUUCGAAUCUCGUGGGAUGCAGGUGUGCGAGGAGGCAUUGAAGGUGUUACGAAAUUCGAGGAGACGUGCAAUACGGGCUCAGCUGCAUGUUAGCGGUGAUGGGCUCCGCGUAGUUGAGGAUGACACGAAGGGGUUGAUCGUUGAUCAGACCAUCGAGAAGGUCUCGUUCUGUGCGCCGGAUCGUAAUCAUGAACGAGGCUUCAGUUACAUAUGUCGCGAUGGUACGACGCGUCGUUGGAUGUGCCACGGAUUUCUGGCCACUAAAGAUUCUGGCGAACGGCUUUCCCAUGCGGUGGGAUGCGCGUUUGCCGUAUGCCUGGAGCGGAAGCAGCGCCGUGAUAAAGAGUGCGGUGUGACGAUGACUUUUGAUAUGAAAAACUCCACCUUUACCCGGACCGGAUCUUUUAGGCAGCAGACAAUGACGGAACGGUUGGCAGGUGCCACGGAUACGGCGGUAGUGGCCCCGCAACAAAACAAUAACGCCCCAAAACCGUAUAAUCCGUUCGCAAUCGAGCGGCCACACGCGACACCCUCGAUGCUGGAACGUCAGGGAAGCUUCCGUGGAUUUACUCAGAUAGGGUCGGCUUCUCCGUUCAAACGACAGAUGUCAUUGCGAAUAAACGAUCUUCCGUCCAAUGCAGAACGGCAGCGCGCGUUCCUCGAACCGGGUACACCACAGCGCACGACUGUUUCGCCCAUUCCGGAAGUGUCUCCGCAGCCGACGGACACUGUCAGUCAGCUGUGCCAGGAACUGAGCCAAGGGUUGUCGCUGCUUACCAAAAACGAUACGGACGAUUUCUAUCUGAACAAAGAGCUGCAACUAAAAUCGUCCGUUACAGCCGCUACUACGAGCAUCACUUCUAGCACACUGGCAUCCUCUUCAGCGACCACUGUCAACAGUUACGUUCCUGGGCUGCUUGCCAGAAAUGGUCCGAGUGAUAUCGUUCCACCAGCAUUACCAUCCUUGUCGGUAGUGCCUACGAUCCCUCCACGAUCCAUAUCCCCGCUAAACAAGCAGCAAACACUGGACUUAUCGGCACUUGGUAGCAGUGCAAGUAGCAACACGACUUACAGCAUUAGCAGUAUUGGCAGCAGCAGCAUCAAUAGUAAUUCCACCGCAGCAACUAUUCCCGCAGGUGGUGGUUUCCCGGUAAUGGCAGAAACAAUAGUGGGUGCUUCUUGUACUUCCACCUCCUCCAGUGUAGUAGUCCCAAUCGAAACGGCAUCACCGCUGCCCAACCCGGAACAGUGGCUAGGACAGAUCGUGAAGAAUGUUUCACCAUCUCCGCGGCGCGCACCUUCACUGCACAAUCGGGCAAAGUCGCUUAAUGCAGCCGAUCCGUUCGACGCGGAAUGGGUAGCAGACGUAGCGAAGCCAGAAAUACAUAGCACGAAUCCAUUCAUUUCACCUCCAAAACCUCCGGCACAAACGUUUCAAGUGCAUCUGUAAGUGCAGCUCAUAUGGGUGCGCAUUGUCCGCUGUCACUACUACUGCCUAUUGCCUAUGAUAGGCUGACGGAAGAAUCGAAAUGUGGAUGCGGGAUUCCAGAUUCCUUUGGUGCUUUUCAGGGGUGUUUUGGUUCGUUUGGGGAAAUUGUUGAAUGGUAGCUAAAUGUAUUGGAAUUAUUUGAUUGUUAUUGCGCUAUAGGAUCGAUGGUGGUUCGACCAAUCGUACCGAAGGGGGACGACGAGUCAUUCUCGUGACUGUUGCGAUUUAUUAUUUAAGACAAAUGCGUUGAACUGGGAUUACUGCUACUUAAUGGAGAUCAGCUCUGGAGCUGUUAUAGCUGUACUUAAAUGUAGUUAUGAACGAAACAUUCUCAUGAGCAGCAUUUUAUUGUAUGAUUUUUGUUAAUUUUCAUCUAAUCAACAAAAGGUAGGACAAGGUAGCGAAUGUAUUUUACAAAAUGUGUUGUCCAUUUGUGAAAAUUGGUAGAAUGACAGAAAUUCAGUUCCAUUCCAGUAAGAGGUAUUGAUCAGGUGAAACUUUUAUUCAUUCAAAAAUAUUUGGUUUAAUAUUUUGCGGACCAUAAUUUCGAUGCUUCUUCUUCUUGCCCAAACUACGAAUGCAGCUUGAACAAAAUCGAAAUCAAAUCCCCUUUGUAAUUUUCUUCAACGAACUCCCAAUGCCUUUAUUAAUGUGAAUAAUAAGA